AUUUUUAAAGGAUGGUUUUGUAAGGUUUUGUAACUUCACAUCACCAUCACGCACACAUAUUCACUUAACUGACGGUUCAAUGAGCGCCUUGAAAAGCAAAUAAAACAACAGCUUCGUCCCAGAAAGGAAGAAAAUGUGUGCCUGCUAUUGCGUCUAAAUCUGUUUUCUCGAAGAAUCUCAAUGGAUAUAACAGCAGCCAAUUUACUAGCCAGUAUUGAAAACACCGAAAAUUCAACAAUAAGUAAUAACAUUGAGCAAGUUGAUCUUCCAUUCAUAAUGUCGGCUCUGGAGCAGAAUCUCAGUAUAACCGACGACGAAGCACGAGAAAUCAACACCGAUUCGGAUGACGAGGAUGAAGAAGAGCCAAGCUGCAGUUCACCACACAUGAACCGAAUCCAGAAGCGAAGGUCACUUCGGACCAAAUCAAUCGAUCGAAAACUUCAUGGUAUCAAACGGCGUACAAUUGCCAAACCGACCAAGCUGCCUAUCAGUUUGAACGCCUCGGAAAACGAGAUUCGUAACUAUUACAUGAUUAACAGCCGCGGGGCCAAUGUAAGGUCAACUAACCUGGAAACCAUUUUCGAAGAAGGAUCCCCGUCGGCGUUGAAAGCAAAAUAUUUUGGAAAGGCCAAAGUGCGCCGCAGCCUCAAUUGUUCCGAUGGAUUCAAUGUGUCCAAAACAACCGCAAAGGCACGCAAGAAUCGUGUCCGCCGGAAGCUUGGCGGAAUGCCCAAAAUGGAACGGAUGAAUAUGGAUGCGUUCCUGGAGCGACUCAAGGCGCUACAGGGUGAAGGAGAGGAUGAUGUAACAUCAGCCUUGGUGGAUCCUAAAUUGAACCACACAAUAUGACUAUAUUUUAGCGUUAAUGUUUUUCUGAACCACUUUAAAUGGUACAAAACCGUAUGUCGACUGAAUUCGUUAGUUAUAUUCCAUGUGUACCGAUACAACACCGAUAUGUCCAAAUAAACCUUUUUAUUUCUUAA